AUGGCUGACGCUAAAAUUGAUAUGGCAUUAGAUGAUAUUAUUAAAAAAAAUCGUAAUGGUCCCGGAAGUGGACGUGGUCGUGGCCGAGGUCGUGGAGGAAAUUUAAAUCAACGUCGCGGCGGCGGUGGCAUUGUUGGACGUAUCACGAAAAAUACGAACAAUAAUCGCGGCCGUGGUGGCAACUUUCAACGUGGUAGAGGCGGCGGGGGCGGCCGUAAUUCUUUUAAUCAGCGAAAUAAUAACCGUUCAACCAAUUUCCGUCAACAACGAGGCAGAGGAAACACAAUUCCAGGUUUUAAUCGUCGAAGUACAAACGGUGAUAAACCUACUGCAACGUACAAUCCAUUGAGCCGUGAUAACAAUGCUGCAGCAUCGAAGCAACAACGUCAACCACAAAUUCAAACAACUCCACGAAGACAACAAGGUAGUAUAUUCAAUAAGAUUCGACCAAAUCAAAAUGUUAGUGCACUUCGACGACGUAUGGUUGCUGCUCAACGUGCAUUAAAUCGUGCUACGAAAACACUUGCUGAAAUUCCAAGAAUGAGACAACAACGACAACGAAUUCUUCAACAGCCACAAAAACUUAGAAACAUCAUAACCCGAAAUAAACUCGGUGGUGGUGGUGGCGGCGGCAUUCGUAAAAGAUUAACAAAUGCUCGAAAACCAAUUGGCCGUGGUGGAACUCGUCGUAUGUUUGUUUAA